AUGGAGAGUACCACCACAGUCGCCUCUUCGCAAGCGAGUACGGUUUGGCUGCUCCUGCACGUCGCUCUCGGCUGCGCGUCUGCCUUCGUGCUAGCCAUCUGCGACUUCGCCGGAAUGGUCCUGCUCGUCAUUCCCAGGGGCCCUCACUACUUUGACUACGAGAAGAACAAGGUCAUGUACAUGGACGACUGGCAUCGUAUCUGGCGCACAGCUGUCCCCGUGCUGCUCUGCGCGAUUCCGAACACGGCCCUGUUUGCACACAGCAUCAGUGUGCUGACUGCGAUCGUGCGGAAGCAGUGGGGUGCGCGAGCAUUGCAACCGCGCUUUGCCGCCAGCAUGCUGCUCGGGUGUGGCGCAGCAAGUGCCGUGACUGGCAUUGCGCUGCUACAGUCGGUGCUCACAAACAAGCAGACGAGUAUCGCGCCCGGAUCAAUCAAACCCAUUGCUGUCCUCUAUUCGUGCGUUGUUCAAGAGCCAUUGCAGCCUCUACGUGAAAUAGACUUGAAAAUGCCUUGGGCGCAACGCAUGAUCGAAGCCUCUGCCGUCAGGGUUGAACCUGCGUCGAACGACUUUGGAAAAUGGUUCAAGGUCUUGGCCAUCGGUGUUGGGGCCAGAGCCAGACAGUUUGGAAGCAAUGUUGCGAGCGAUUUCGCGAAUCGAGACUGGCACAUGCACCAGUCUUUCCCAACGUCGGAACUGCUGCGUACAUUCAAUUGGUGCCACAACCUCGCGCUCGCCACCGCCGGCGCCUUCUUUGCGGGAUAUGCCAUCCACGCGCUCGGGGUCAUGCUUGGGCCUGCGGUGCUCGUAAUCGGUGAUCUAGGCGACAUCUUCCUGAGCUGGAGCGCGGCAAUCGUCAAGGCAAUUGAUGCUGUGAAGGGUUUACUGAAUGAUGCGGACCGCAUCACUGUACUCAUGUCCACCGGGGCCAUCACUGCCUACUGCCGGAAGUUCUCGCGGAUGAGGCGCCGGACAGCCCGACCUGCCUUCCUCAGGGCCAAGAGAAACGUGCCUCUCCUCCUCACCCUCGAACUCAUUCUUUACAGCAGCGUGCAAAAAAUCCGAUGGCCUUUGCCCAACAUCGUGGGCUGGACGCUGAGGAAGGUGUGCCUCGUCGCGAUCGGCAUUGCCAUGGUUGCUGAGCUCAUGCUCGUGUUCCGCAGCGACGCACCGGAUAGAUGGAGCCUGGACGUGUUCAGCCUGGUCGAGGGUGAGGUAGCGCUUGACGAGGACGACUUGCUGCUCGACGCCAAGGACGAGGAAGAGCAGCUGUUCAGCAUGGACGAGAAGGUCAGUGUCCUGGACGAGAAGCCGCCCAUGGGCGGCGAUGAGCCGAACGCCACGGCCCCGCUGGUCGAUCUCCCUGCAAUGCCAGCGCCCGCGGUACUCUCGAAGGUCCAUGAUGCGCCUGCUGGCAAGCGCCCCUAG